AUGGGCUCCAACCAGUCUAUACCAGGUGGUCUAGGUGGUCCAGGCGACCGCAAAGAUAACGCUGCUGACCGCGCCACAGUCGAAAUAGAUCACGAUCAUCCUCACCCCAGCUCUCCCUCGUCUUUUCGCCUCUCCCUGGCGGGCCGACAAGUCAUCGGUGAUGAUGGAGCAAGACUCUUCUUCCCAUGUCCGGCUAGCACCGCCUUGACAGUCCACCAUCACAAGGACUUCGCGACCAUCGAAGUUCCCAUCCAGUACAUCGUCAAGAAUGCCGCCCUAUUUGACCUUCAGGGUGCCCAGACUCUACUCACCAGAUUUGUCGACGCCAUGAAGGAUGUUGUCCAGCGGCUCAAGCCCAAAGAAGUUCGGCUCGCGAACCCAGCAGAUUUCCAGCUAGAUCGCUAUGAGACGGAAUAUGCCAAGGAAAUUGCAUCAUUGUACUAUGAUACAGUCCUCACGUUCGUUCGUAGGUACAAUCGAGACAACCAUCAUCAAGAUCCUCCUGCUACAGAGGCGACGGUCACCACAGAGACUACUCAGGAGAAACAGCCAACAAGCAUGGGCGAGCCACUUGGCGAUGUGACCAAUAUUCCGGUCGAUCUUGGUCCCGAUAAGCUGCUAGAAUCAACAGAUGUAUCAGCACAACAGCCAUCCCGCAAGCGCAAAAACUUCUCUCCAGAAAAGCCUGUCGAUCUUGCGGCAAAUUUCACAAGAAUCGAGAAGUACGAUGCCCCGACGAGUCGAAGCAGUGCUGGUGUACAACUUAUCCACAGCAUCUCUGCCAUCAAGUCCGUUUUAUGCCUCAUCGAAAACGAUAACAUUUGA